AUGCUAGAGCAAUCAAUGGCCCGAGCCUUUGAAUCACAUCAAAGAUAUGAUCGCCAAUCUUCUAAUACAUUAGAGACUAAAAUAAGUGAAGACUCCAAAAUUUAUUUUCCUACACAUGUUAAAACACAAGUUGAAGAAACAUGUCAAAAAGAGAACGGUAAUUGUGAUUGGGAGUCGAUGGUCAGAUUUGCACUUAAAGAGGUUUACGAUGACAAUAUUGCAAAUUAUACAGCUAAAGGACAUACUAAAGGGUCUAAUGGGAACAAACGUCCACAAAUAGAUAACCAAUUGUAUAAUGCAAUUUUUGGCUGGGUUAGAGAGAAAGUUGGCCCUACUCAAAUAAUUACAACAAAAAUGUUUAACCGAGCGAUAAAUAAGUUUUCUUACAAUAAAAGAACGAAUGAUAAUAUGAAACCCAAUUGUUCGAAUAAAUCUGAGGAAGCUGACUUAUUUUCGGAGGAAAAUUUGCAAUUUUUUAAAAAAAUUGUUAAAAUUGCCGAAGAGUCAUUUAAUAUGCAGCAGAGAGAAUUACUGCCAGAACGACAAUUACAUCAGCUAGCAGAUGUCUUUACUCAACCAUCGAAGAAUAAUGUUAAAAUCAGUCCUAAUUAUGAAGUAUAUUUACCGCAAGGAAUAUAUUUAUUCAUCAGUAGACACAGUGAAACCGCCAGAGGAGAAUACAACUGGCGUACUUUGGUUAAAACAACCUUACUGGAAAUAUACGGUAAUGAUCUCAAAAAAUAUUCGGCUAAAGGGACUCGUGGUGGCUGCCCACCUAUUAAUGUAGAAUUAUAUCGUGCGUUGUAUGAUUGGGCAUCUUCGCAAGUUGAAAAAAUUAUUCUGGAAGAUGAGUUCGUAGAUUACAUCAACGACUUAACGGCUAAUAAGAGGAAAGGGAAGAACAAGUAA